AAAAGUUUUGGACGCGGUUUUUUGUUUCUUUCACGUACAGUUUUUUUUUAGGAAUGAACGCUGAGACGUGUGUCUCAUACUGCGACAUGAGCUCCAUGGAGCCGUACUACGGGCCACAGGCUCCCCGCGAGCAGCACGCAAACCCGUUCAGGACGUUCCCGGCGGCCGAGGCCAAGUACAGCCCUGCGUUCCCGGGCGCCAAAGCGCAGGCCCGCAGCCCCUUCCAGCAACAGCAGCAGCAGCAGGAGUGCCAGCCCAGCGUGGACGGGGAAGGCACCUUUAACAAAUACCACCUCUUCAUGCAGAGGGGCGCGUGCAAAACCCCCCCAGAGGGCGGCAAGGGGCACCAGGAGAGCGGACACAACGGAGGAGGAGGACUGCUCUCCUGUUACGGUAAAGACAGCACAGGGCUAACAGAAUCUGAGUUGCCCCCAAACACUGACCCCACAGGGAUGGAUGGCAGCUACCUCAGUGUGAAGGAACCAGGAGUGAAGGGUCCUCAGGAGAGGCCAAGUUCUGAGCUGGCCUCCCCCCUGGACAAGGGCGAAGGUGAGAGCAACAAGGGCAAGAAGAGGCGCAACCGCACCACCUUCACAAGCUACCAGCUUGAAGAGCUGGAGAAAGUCUUCCAAAAGACACACUACCCUGAUGUGUAUGCCCGAGAGCAGCUGGCACUGAGGACUGACCUCACAGAGGCACGAGUGCAGGUAUGGUUCCAAAACCGCAGAGCCAAGUGGAGGAAGCGAGAACGUUUUGGGCAGAUGCAGCAGGUCCGAACGCACUUCUCUACAGCCUACGAGCUUCCACUUCUUACUCGGCCUGAGAACUAUGCUCAGAUCCAGAAUCCCUCAUGGAUAGGGAGCGGCAGUGCAGCAUCACCUGUGCCAGGCUGUGUUGUGCCCUGUGACUCGGUCACUUCCUGCAUGACCCCUCAUCCCCAUGCCGCAAGCGGAGUGUCCGACUUCCUCGGAGUGCCCAGUCCUGGAGGUCAUAUGGGACAGAGCCACAUGGGUAGCCUGUUUGGAAGUCCAGGAAUGAGCACUGGCAUUAAUGGUUACGAUCUUAACAUGGACCCUGACAGAAAGUCAUCCAGCAUUGCCACCCUGCGAAUGAAAGCCAAAGAACACAGUGCAGCCAUCUCCUGGGCCACAUGAUUCCCCAGCAGCCACAGCACAUUAUCUCUGAACUUCCCUUAACAACCUAGCAACAGAAAGAAGGCAGUACGAAGAGAGCAAGAACAAGAGUCUGUGUGUGAAAAUCGACUAACCACCAAGCACCACGUGUGGAGAGAGCGGACCGGCUGGAGAAAAGAAAGAUGACACACAAACCCUGUGAACUUAACCUCUUGAGAGAUGGGGAAAAUCAGAGAUGAUUGGUCUUAGAAACAAAGUUGUGGUAAUUCAAAGGAUGUGGUGUUGCUCUACAAGAGGCAGCAAAGGAGAUGGUGUAAAAUGGGAGAAAAGUAUGCAUUUGAACAAGCAUCAAAUUCUAAAAAUUCAAACCCUGCACUUAUCAUCUAAAUACGUAGGCCCUAUUUGUAAAGACUGUGUCAGUGUACAGAAAUAACAGUGUUUUACAGACAGGCUGAAACUUGUUCUGUCACAGAAUCAUUUUUGAAAAUAUGCCCAAAUCUAGCCCAAGAACUGUCAGUAACACAUAUAUAUGCUUUUGUAGAAUAUCUGCUUGCAUUUUAAGAAAUGAGAAAUAUGAAUUGAGCUAGCCACAACACUAGCCUUCUUCCCUUUUUCACCGUUUCAGCAAAGCAGCUAAAAAAACUACACGACUAAUGCACCCUACACUGCACUUCAGAAUUCUUAUUUGUUGUUCGAAACCUAAUACAAGCCUGUAUGUUAGCAGCGCAGUGCCACAGUCAGGAUGGAACGGGAAAGUUUAGCAAGUUUAGCAAGAGCCUGUACUAUCUGAGAAAGUAGCACAGCAGGCCUGCUGAGUCUGGGGCCACAGGGCCUGAGAGCGCCAGACAAGGAGGAGGAGGCGCUGAUUUAAAGUGGCCAUGCCAUUGGCAUUUCUACAGGUAACUCUCCCAGCCUGGUGCAGUGUGGCCUCAAAGGAAGUGCUACAUUUGCAUUGGAUUACAGGAAGAGUCCCUGAGUUCUGCAGGGCUUUCCAGCCAGGAAUAACACAAGCAUCAUCCUCGAGGCAGUAGAUCGGAGUUCUUCUGAAAGGCCUAGUACGACGCAACAAUCCCUCUCCACGGCAGCAGUGAUGAACACUUUUCUGCUAAGCCUGGCUCUCAAUGUCUGCCUCAAGCAUCUAGCCUCCACCAAAACCGAAACAAGGCACACAGUGAAAUACUGCUCCCUGUAAACAGAAAACGGGUUCUCCCUCUGCACAGAUUAAGCAGUCAGUCAUACACAGAAGUGAGUGAAAGCCAUUUUCUUCUUGAAGGGCUUGAAGGUAUAAUGAUCCCAGGUGAAAUGGUUCUGAAAGGCAGGCCAAGGCCAUACAUUAACAAGCUGAUGGAUUUGUGGAAAUACAUUACACCCUUUCUACAUCUCAAUCCCCAGUUUAUUUUCUCUCCUGGAGAGAAACAUCAAGUUAUUUGGCCUAAAGUGAUGGCAGCAUGCUGUUCGAUACAUCUCCCCGAUAGCUCAGAUGGGGUUGUCUGCAUACCUACAGCCAAGACCUAUGUUAAAACGUCACAGCUCUCUGUGGAGAGCAAAGGUUUCACAAAGGUGAUGAAUUAAGAGUGUGGUAAUGUUCCUUUGGGCUCUCUGGGGUUUCUUCUUGUCAGACGAUGGUGGAGAGAGGUUCUAAGAAUUAAUACAAGGCCAAAAAAAAUGUAUUAUAACAUAUUAUAACAAAAAAAAAAAAAAUCAAUACAACAUGUAUAUUUUCACCAUGCCAGAUUUUUUAUCUUAAAUGAUUAUGCUGGCAGAGCUAACUAAACAGAAAUUUGCAGACUUUGCUAGAAGGUCUUAUAGCCCACAAUAUGAAUACAUGAUAUUCAGGCAGUCUGAAUAUGAUAUGUGGAGUGCUAAGGCAGUAUGAAGUUUGAGCUCUGCUUCAUUAAUUUUUUGGCAGCAGCAUCCCUACAAGAGAAAUGUUCAGCAUGCGACAUUUGCCAUUGUACACCCCCUCUUACUUCACACUACCUCUCUUAUUCAGUGAUUUAGCCCAGCGGACAACAAUAUUCAAUCAACAAAGCCUCAAAAAACUACUUUCUCUGAUUAUAAUUUGCUAAAAUUAUAUUCCAUCAAGAUUUGCUUUAUGAGAUUUCUAUUUUGAUCUUAGUUUGAUACAGAUAAGGUGAAAAGGCUGUUUUAAAUUUGCAGAAGAACCUGAUAUCCCUACACCUAUAGACAGGCCAUUUCUAAUUUCUAAAUAAGAACCAUAUUCCCUCCAUUCUAGUGGGCUGCUCUUAAGGUUCCUUGAUCUUCAAAACUGAGCUGAACAAUGACUACAGGAAGAGAAUGCAAUGUGACAUGUUCCUUCCAACAUUUCCAGGGAACCAGUUUACCUUAGGGAAAGCAUCUUUUAUUAGUAAAGUGGAACAACACCACUUAAGAUCAUUUGAUAGUGGUUUGGAGGUGCUGACUGGUUUUUAAGGGUUAUUAUGUUAAUAAAUAUAAGUAAACUGAUUAAGAUUACACUAUUUACACUCAACACAACUACACUCAGGCUUACACUUAGUACGGAUGCACUAUGCUAUCAGAAUCAUAUUGAUAUCUGCAGAUUUUCAAACUACAAACUAACAUACAUACAUACAUACACACAUUUUAUAUAUAUAUGAGAUCAAAAUCUGCAGAUAUUAAUAUUUGAUAACAUUUGACAUUUAUUGUACUCUCAGAAGGCAGCAUGUUAAGAUCUACUGCAUUUGUAAGCUUAUACAAAUAAGUGUUAAUGUUUCUGUAACACUAAUGAGAUUUAUUAUUUAGUUCCAACUAUUCAGCGGUGGACAGUAAUUAAGUAAAUGUAAUUAAUUACUGUACUUAAGCAGUUUUUUUUGUGUAUCUGUACUGAAAAUUUUGUGCAAGUUUUUAAUUGCACUCUCCACUACAUUUCAAAGCUAAAUAUCUUACUUUUUACUACAUUUUGCGAAAUCUGUCCUUCCUUUUGGUUU